AAAGUCAAAGCAACAUCAAAUUUGAGGACCGCAGAGAUAAACCCAGCAAGGCUUCUUUAUAAUUUAAUAUCCAUUUUAUACACAAGGACAGCAAACAUGGGCUGUGGACAUUCAGCAACAGCUCAGCUACAGAAACAACCUGUCUUUGAAUCUAAUGAAGCUGCUCGACGCGUUUACAGGAUUCCUGCUCUUCUGUAUGAGAGAGAAAGUAAAACUUUAUUUGCCUUUGCAGAGCAGAGGAAGACUUCAGAUGAUGGCAGUGGAGAAAAGCUGGUUAUGAGAACAGGAAAGAUCAAGGACGACUCCUCUGAGAAGAUUGAGUGGUCAGAGCUCAAACAGGUGGAAAAGGCACUUAUUAAAGGACACCGUCCAAUGAACCCCUGCCCGGUGUAUGACAAGGUCAACAAAAAACUUUUCCUGUUUUUCAUCUGUGUUGAAGACGGUAUCACUGCGAGGGACCAAAUAGAAAACUAUGACAACAGGACCCGUCUCUGCUACAUCACAAGUAACAAUCUUGGAAAAGCCUGGAGCGAUGUGACUGAUUUGACGGACAAACUGAGUGAAAUAACAAACUGGUCCACAUUUGCAGUUGGGCCAGGCCAUGGGAUUCAAACAGAGGGUGGUAGACUGAUUAUCCCAGUUUAUGCUUAUUGCAGUAGUACUUGCCUCUUGCAUUGCUGUUGUAAACCAGUUGCAUGUUCGUUCAGUUGCUGUUGUAAAUCAUAUGCACUCUCACUGUAUAGUGAUGAUCCUGAUAAAAGUUGGAAAUUUGGUCAAACGUUGCAAUCAGAAUCAGGCGAAUGUCAAAUGGCAGAGGUCUAUGAAAACAACGGCUCCAGUUUCAUUUAUUGCAAUGCUCGCAGUUUUUGCUGCUCUCGAGUGGAAGCUGUCAGUGAGAAUACAGGUUUUAACUUUAGCAAAUUUAGAUGCACUAAGCUUACAGAAACAAAGUGCUGCUCAGGCUGUCAGGGAAGUGUGGUCUCCUUUCCAGCUCAAGAACAAAGUGGAACUGCACAAAGUGAUCCAAACCGAAACAAGUGGCUGCUGUUCACACACCCAACCAGUAAAUCACGCACGAUUGAUCUCGGUGUGUAUCUGAACAAAUCCCCACGUGAUCCAAAGGCAUGGAGCAACCCCUGCAUCAUUAAUGAUGGACUCAGUGGUUACUCAGACCUGGCUUACAUUGACGAUGGCUGCUUUGCAUGUCUGUUUGAGUGUGGGAAGCACGAAAUACAUGAGCAGAUAGCCUCUGUUGUCUUUAGCUAUGAGGACAUCACCAAGAAAUAAACUGAAGAAUAGAAAAUAAAUAAAUAAAAGGAAUCAUUUUUAUUCAGGUGUGUAGACGAAUAGAUUCAUAUGUAUAUGUGCACGACUUCAAGUAGUAAGUGUUGUUUUGCAUGUAAAAAUCUUUAUUUGCUUGUUGCAUGAAAAAUGAAUAAGAAAAUUGAGAAGCUUGUAGGAUUACCACUUUAAAAAAAUACUUUAAUAAUUUAAAGGAAACAGAAAACAGUUUCUCCUGUUUUCAGUGAGUAUUAAACAUGGAUGCUCAAUUUAAACAAAAGUUUUAAUCCAGUCAUUCACUUCUUGAAGAAAACAUACCUAAUGCUGCAAAUAUCAUAUUACUGGUUGUGAAUGUAUUUGAUUUUAUUGCAGAAAAUAAUAAAAAAUAGUU